CACACCACCACCCACCUCACUGCCACAGUAUAAAGCCUGCAGUCCAUCCUCAGCCUCCACUCUCUGGAUACACAACACACAACUUCUGCCUGGACUGACCCCCAAGGUAAAAAGACAAUGACUGACCUGGAGACCUCGAUGGCGACCAUCAUCGCAGUAUUUCAGAAGUAUUCAGAGAGAGAAGGAGACAAGCACAAACUGAAGAAGAGCGAGCUGAAGGAUCUGCUUAACGAUGAGCUGCCAGAGCUGAUGGCGCAUGUGAAAGACCAGGCCACGCUGGACAGCCUGAUGGAAAGCCUGGACACCGACGGCGACGCCGAGUGUGACUUCCAGGAGUUCAUGACAUUCAUCUCCAUGGUUACAGUCUGUUGCCACGAGUUUUUCGAGCACGAGGACGAGUAAGGAGGCGGCGACCGCGGACGGAGACAAAGGGGGGAGUUACAGUAAAUUAUAAAGAAGCAGAAGCCUAGCAACGCACGACUGGUCGAUGCCUUCAGAGCAGCGCAGGGUGGGAAAACACAACUCCAGCCAGCAGCCAACAGAUUACCGGUAAUGUUUGGCUGGUGGCUGGCAAACAGUCCAGUCUAGUGCUCAGUUUGGCUGAAACCAACCAUGAUUCACAGAUCCUACCAUUUUCUACUGAAUCUCAAUAUCUACAUGGCUAUGAAAGUCCUCAAAAUGGCGACAAAGCUUGUUGCAAAACUUGCCACUGACCAGUAAAUUAAGGUGGCUGAAAUGCUGGCUUUCUUUAACAGGACAAACAGAUUUUUAGAGUUCUAGCUGGCUGCAUAAAUUGGCUGAUAAGUUUUAUUUAUGUACUUUUUGAAAGCCAAGUGGCUAACUAGUUAAUUCAAUCUGGGAAUCAAUCAACUAAUUAGGUGUCUGAAAACUGAAAACAGUUAAUUUGAAUUUUAAAAAUCACUUGUAAGUUAGUGAUCAUGUUUUAAAAAUGUCUUUUAGCCACAUUAGAAAGCACAGUUUAGAGGUUUUAUCAACUUGGCUGCUGAAAAUUGAAAAUGACUGGUAACUUUUUUACUCUAGCAAAAAAAAAAAAAAAAAAAUCCUAAAAAAAGAGUCCAGUAGUAAGUUAGCCAGGGACCCAAAUAGUCAAAAAGUAAUAGCAGAAGAACAACACACCCUCCACUCGUCAGCCAACCAUUUCACAGCACCUGUAUUUGACAAAUCUAGUUGACUAUCAGAUAUCAAAGGUAACGUCUGAGUUGGUCGAUAUUUAAAAAAAACAUCUGAUUGCCUUGUAAAAGUUUCAAAAUGGCUUGUGAGUUUCAGCUAAUCUAGACGCCACACUGAGUUGGUCUGUAAGUAAAACCUGUUUAUUUGGCUCAUUAAAGUUUCAUAGCAUGUGAGAUUUUUCUGCUUUAGCAGCCAUUUUGGUGGGAAACCAACCAUCAAUUGGAGUUAUAUUAUUUUAAGAAAUGGCUGUCGCAUAUUGCAUGUGGUUAGUGAGUAUUUUAUCAGCCACCAAUCAUUAAUUAGAUUUUUUGCACUUGUUAGAAGAACUAACCAACCAUCUAUAGAUACCUUUGUUUGAAAAUAGUUGACUGUUGAAUACUGAAAGUGACUUGUAAGUUGGUCGUGAUUUGAUCGGCUGGUAAAAGUUUCAAAAUGGCUUGUGAGGUUUAGCCACGCUAGCUGCUAAUCUGGUAGACUCCAGUUUGAACUAGUGUUAAAAAGUUAAAGUGACAGAUUAGUUUGUCUUCUAGUUAAAAUUGGCUUAAAGAAUUCUGAAAUGACUUUUGAGUUUGUUUUGUUUUUACUCUAGCUGUCUAGUUGGUAGAAAACCAAACAUAAUUUUAGGGUCAUAUACUAAAACAAAAAUCUGGCUGAUAGAUUUUAGAUAUGGCUAAAAAGUUUGUUUAUUUGAUGCUCAACAAAAACAUUAAGUUUAUUGUUUAGAAGCUCAUUUUGGAAAAUCUUUUUAUUUAGGUUCUUGGUAAACAAGUAAUCAGCAAUUAUUUGAGUCAUGAGACCUUCCAAAUGUCUAGUUGGCUGCUAAAAUAAUCAUAAAACGUUGGGUUUUAGAAGCCGCUGUUGCCUGUAGACGAUUCAAGUUUCCCUCCCUGCUUCUGCUGCAGGUUUGAUCCUGUUAGAGUUCAUAUCCAGUGCAGUAGAAACUGUCAAUCUAAAAAAUCAUCUAGUUUCACAGUGCGUAACUCUCUCUUCAUACAAUGAUAGCUCUAAAACUGUUAAUGAAAACAGUGUGGAACAGAGGAGUUUGUCUGGUGAUGUGACAAAGUGUAAUUUGAAAUGCGGAGGACUGGUUUGUGUGGAUGUUGGUGAUAUGAAGUGAAUUAAAUUAUAAAUGUAUCGCUCUGGGUUUGUGAAUGUUUUUGUGGGAUGUAAAAGCAGGUACGUCUGACAUGUUAAAAUUAAUUUGUUCAACAAAAUGAAAACAUUCCUGCUCUUUUUAAACAAAAGUAGAUUACAUACGGGACAAGAACGUGAAUGUGUUUUGUUUGUUUGGUUUUCCCCCAAAAUGUGCAAACAUUCAAAUUUACUUUUGGCUGGCUGUCAUCAAGUAACAGAAGUAACAUUUGUUCUACAGAGUUUAUCAACCAUAGACCAUCUGUCGUAAAUCGUUUUUCUCAGUGUUUUCACUCCACUGCAGGUGUUUCCUGUUUAACAAAGACAGAAUUCAGACACUUGAAGAAAUCAGAGUAAACUCUAAACUCCCAGACUGAUUUAAAUCCCUAGAAAGCAGAGACAGCAGGAAGCUAAACGGUCUUUCAGUAUCACUUGUAUUCAUGUACAUAGGGCAGCUAAUGUAGUUCAACUGGAAACUUAGAUUCACUAUCAACAGAGGAGUCGUACGGAGCUGGUUGGGGUGCACAAUUGUCAAAGCAAAGACAGACAGGCUAUCUUUUUAUGUUGUAUAGAGCUUCACUUAAAUCUCCAGCCAUAGUAAGAGAUGUAAGUAAGUUGUACACAUGCCGCCCUAAAUCUGUGACGUACACAGAUGCAGAAAACUAAAAAUAAUUCCCCAUUUGUUGAAAAAGGCAACAGUGUUCUCACAACUUAAAGCACUCUAACUCCUAACAUGUCACGUCAUGGUUUUACAAGUCUCAUUCUGGCCUCCACAUGUCCCCAGAGUUGAGACAAAGCCAGAGAAUAAUCUGGCUUAAUACACAGCUAUAUAUUAAGACAGGUUGUAUAAACCUACAUUCUGGGAAAUGUAGGAAAACACCUGCAGCAAUGCUACACAUACCAGACUAAAGAAGAAGAUCUACAUUAACAACAGGUAAGAUUAUUAAACACAGUGUGUGUACACAAAGGCACACAAAGGAUAAUUAACAGAUGAUGUAAGAGGCGUUGUCAGCUGCACAGUUUCAGACAUCUGCAGGCUGUUUAACAUCAGAGAGGUGGAGUCAGCCUCGCUAUUGGCCAGCAGGGGAACAGAUCCCGACCCUGGGGACUGACACCACACCCAUCUGUGUGGGUGUGUGUGUGUGUGUGUGUGUGUGUGUUGUGCAGCAUAUGCUCUGUUGUAUUUCUACUUCUUGUUUGCAAUUGAGGAGCAGCCUGCAGAUUCUCACACCUGAGCAAGCUGCCAUCCACAGUGACAGCCACUCAAAGCCGUUGCACCUUGGUUUAUACUCCAUCAUAGCUGACGUCAACAUGAACUUUCAGAUGACUCCUUUGGUUCCGACGUCUCCAAGAACACGUCCUCCUCUUUCAGAGCAUGUGACCAGGAUACCGGCAACGGGCUACAGCUCAGACAGUGAGGCUCUGGCAGCUUUAAUUGGAGGGAUCGUUGGUGCAGUUCUGCUGGCACUGAUCUGUGUAAUCGCAGUGCUGCUGUGGUGUCUGUCCAGACAAAAAGGCUCAUAUAUAACUGGCGAGACGGACGACGACGACGACGACGAUGUCGCCAACAAUGACGACGAGUCUGUCGGUUCUGACGCCGCGCUCCAAAGCAAGAAACCUCUGAAUAUCAAAGAGGAGGAAUAAAGUAAAAACAAAUGAAUAAAUCAGAGAGAAUUUAAGAUACACACUUGAGAUGUGCAGUUGUGGACAAAAACGCUUCGUAGCUUUGUUACGAGAUGGGACAAGAUGGGAAAUUAAAAUUUUUUUCAGGGUUGUUAUUUUCCAAAAGUUUAACCCAUUUCUCAAAACUGCACUGAGCAACUCUGCACAAUCAACAUCCAGAAAUUCAAGACUGUAAAAUCAUUGAGCCCACAGGUCAUCAAUAAGCUUAUUACGAUUUAUCAGAGAGACAUCUAGUGGACGUCGUAGUCGAAGACGGGAACAAAGAUGACGACGUCGACCGGUGUUAGUUUCCUAUUAAACCCAGUCAUUUUUCAUUUUGAACAAUUCAGCUUUAAAACAGGUCAAAGGGAAUUAAAACCAGCAUGCCGACGAAGCUUCCGUGCAACACAAUGUUAACCACAUGUUUACUAAUGUUACCAACUUUCCCUCCAGUGACUUUCUGAUUUAUUCUCCAAAAUAAACUUAAAUAACAUCAAACACAGUGAGGAAAACAUCUACUUGCAGAAUAACAACCUUAAAUUUAGCUCAUGUAGCAGUUCCCUUCUAAUGUGCAGAGAAACCUUUUGCCUCAAAUCUCUAAUUUUCUGUCUCAUGUACUGCAUCACAUGUGAAAAACUCCACCUGCCGACACAGAUGCUGCUGGUUUCUAAAACUUUUACAGCUCCUGUUGCUCCCACACAGGACAAAUUUGAUUUUUACAGCAAAAUAAACGUCCUUUGUUUCUUUAAAAGCGUCUGAGAGGCCGAACUAACUUACUUAGCAGACGCUGAUAAACAUUUACCAGCAUCUCAAGCCUCUGCUGGUGAUUUUCCACCCUAGUUGCUGUCAUGUUUUGAGCUCACAACAAUGACCAACUAACUGCAGAUUGGACUCUGACUAACAUACCACACUGUUAUGAAUCAUCUGUGAGAAAUAAUGUGUGUGUAAACAUUUGGACAAGAGAGUUUAUGGUGAUUUUCCAACCAGAUUUCAAACCCCAGUGAUGUUUUUCUUCUGCGUUUCUAUUUUUUCAUGACAGAAUAAUAGAGAAGAGAAGGACAGGAUGAUACAAUACAAGGUCAAAAGGCUUUUAAGGGUCCAAGUCUUUAAAGAGAGAAGAAAGAAAGGAGCAAAGAUUGAACUUAGCUGCAAUAAUUAAUCAGGUUCCUCUAUACAGUUAGUGUAGAAGAAUUUCAAUAGUUUGUCACAACUUUUUUAAAUCUUUGUUUACACAUAUACACAGUAUAAGAAUAAAGUUUACUCUUUUUGACA